AGACCCCAACAAAUGGAAAACAAAUUAACUUAAGCCAAGAGGAGGCUGGUGACAUCUGAAAGAGGAAAAAGUGGGAGAGCUGUGCCCCCUGCUUUCAAUCUGACCUAUUGGGAGUAUCUUUUGGAGCAUGUCUGCUGCUUAGCAGGGAACUGAAUUUCAGGCAGAAGAGGUUGUAAACUUAAAGUGUGAAUAUGGGUGAAAAGAAACCAGAACCCCUGGACUUUGUAAAAGAUUUUCAGGAAUACCUUACGCAGCAGACUCACCACGUAAAUAUGAUUUCUGGCUCAGUUAGUGGCGACAAGGAAGCAGAGACUCUUCAGGGAGCUGGGACAGAAGGGGAUCAGAAUGGGCUAGAUCAUCCUUCUGUUGAAGUCUCACUGGAUGAAAACUCAGGAAUGUUAGUGGAUGGGUUUGAAAGGACAUUUGAUGGAAAGUUAAAGUGUCGAUAUUGCAACUACGCCAGCAAAGGAACAGCGCGGCUCAUAGAGCAUAUCAGAAUUCAUACAGGUGAGAAGCCACACCGAUGCCAUUUAUGUCCGUUUGCUUCAGCGUAUGAACGUCAUCUCGAAGCUCACAUGCGGUCGCAUACUGGUGAGAAACCAUACAAAUGUGAAUUGUGUUCCUUCCGCUGCAGUGACAGAAGCAACUUAUCUCAUCACCGUAGGCGUAAACAUAAAAUGGUGCCUAUCAAGGGAACAAGGUCUUCCCUAAGCAGCAAGAAAAUGUGGGGAGUUUUGCAGAAGAAGACCAGCAAUUUGGGAUACAGCAGAAGAGCAUUAAUAAAUUUGAGUCCACCUUCCAUGGUGGUUCAGAAACCAGACUACCUUAAUGAUUUCACUCAUGAAAUUCCAAAUAUCCAGGCCGAAGCGUAUGAGAGUAUGACAAAAACAGCCCAGAGCGGUGGGUUGCCACGAGAUCCACAAGACCUUAUGGUAGAUAAUCCUUUAAAUCAGCUAUCUACGUUAGCUGGACAGUUAUCUAGCUUGCCACCUGAAAACCAAAACCCAGCCUCUCCUGACGUCGUCUCCUGUCAAGAUGAAAAGCCUUUCAUGAUACAGCAGCCUGCUGCACCUGCAGGUGUUUCAGCCGUGUCGACCAGUAUUCCCCGGAGCUCAUCUCCAACCAGCCCAGACCCUCGGCCAACACACAACCCGAGGAACUAUAGCCCGGUGGCCGGUCCCAGCAGUGAUCGCAGCGCCCACACCAGCACUCCCAGCAUCAGCAACAGCCAGCCGAGUACUCCAGCUCCGACCCUUCCAGUUCAGGACCCUCAGCUCCUGCAUCACUGCCAGCACUGUGACAUGUAUUUUGCGGACAAUAUCCUUUAUACUAUUCACAUGGGAUGCCAUGGGUUUGAAAAUCCUUUUCAGUGCAACAUAUGUGGGUGUAAGUGUAAAAAUAAGUAUGACUUUGCUUGCCAUUUUGCAAGAGGCCAACAUAACCAGCACUGACUGAGAACAUGCUUUCACUUAGUUUUUUAACAUAUUACAGUAUAUUUUUCAUACUUGCUGAAGGAAACCUUGCUUAUUUCCAUUGCUUCUCAUUAAGCAAUUGGACAAAGGAGGCAAUUUUAUUUCUGUGCUGUCAUAAAACUUGCCAGGGAUUUUAUUUUUUUUUGUAAGAUGUGGUCAUUUAUAUAUAGUCUUUCAAAAAACAAAAAGUGCUCUGAAAAAGUGCACUAAGAAUUAGAUUACAAUUACGUGUUUUGUUUGUUCAGUUUAAGUUGAUUGCACUUAAAAUACCUGUGAACGUUCUAUAGAUAUAGAUGCAGAGUAUGCGUCCUGAAACAUAAGAUGCAAUUAUUUACCAGGCAGGAUAAAAUAUUGUAAGCAUAAAAUGUGAAAGGUUGAUGCAAUGAAUGUAUGGUUGCUAUGGAGACAGAUGUGCUCUUAAAAACUUAACUGUUAUCAAACUGGGGAAAAAAAACCCCRAUCUUUCUAAAUUAGAAGCAACUUUCGCAUAUAGGUACAAUUUGAUUUAAAAUUUACUUUAAUCUGGAAUUAAUCUUACUUAAUAAGUAGUAAGUUUUUGCUUAGUGUUUUCUAAACUCCCCAUGCUCAGCCUCAAGCACUAUUUCAGCUGUUACGUUACUAGAAAAUAACAUUUUCUGACUGAAUUUCUGGUAGGAAGAAAGAGUGAAAAGAACAGGAAAGAUGUAUUUUCUUGUCAGUCACUAAUUAGGUGUGUAAAAGAAAACUUGACACCUUAUUUUAAACUAUUGACCAAAUAGCUUUAAAUGUAUUUUUUUAAAAGGAGGCAAUUUUUAAACUACUAGUUGUAAUGAAGAACUUGUAGAACUAAGACAUUUUCUAAGAGAUGUUAAACUGCCUUAAACCAAUUUGUACACAAUUAGACUUCUACCAAUUUGCACAAUUAGACUUCUGUCUUGCUAACAGAAGUUCUAGCAGAAGCAAACAAGUUUACGAAUUAAAAAAAAAAAGUUUGUUGGUUUGGGUCGAGCUAACACUGUAGGUUGCCUAUAUGUUUGGAAGUUGACUAAUCUAGUUUAUGGUAAACUCCAGCUAACUUGGAAAUCAGUUUGUCUUCAAUUCAGUCUCCCACAAAAGGGGGGAAGGAUUUCUGCUUUUCUGUGUGUUUGAGCUGUUUAUGUAGCAGACAUGCAAAGGGAGACUGGGUGACUAAGUCAUUGUUACUAAUACUGUAGGUGGCAAAUGGUAAGUGAAGAUGUCCAUGAAGCCCACUGCACGUGUUUGUUUUAUUUUUUUUAAACCAUACAUCUUUAAAAGCACCUAGGCUAAUGGACAGGCACUUUAAUAUAAACUUAAAACAUCCUAGCAAAAUUAAUAAAAGCUCUUGAUAUGCUACACAGGCAUUUGUAGUGUUUCAAAAUAAUGAAGAAUGUUGCUUUUCCCGUAUUCAGACAUGCACUUUUACCUUAGUUUCUUACUUGCAUUAAGACAAAUGAAACCUCCCCUUGUAUUCCCUUUUUAUUAUCAGCAAAAUAUGACAGCAUAUAWCAUUUGGUAAUGGCAGGAACAAGAUUUUUUACUGAUGUUCUGGAAGUCAGAGGCUGAAUCUGAAUAGCACAUGUUUAGGUUGAUCAGAUUGACRCUGUCACUGCAACUAAAGGUCCCUGAGAUCUGAGGAAAAACUUGCAAUGACUUUAGUUUAAGGUCAAUAAGCAGGAAAAAAAAAAUGCUCUUCUGAAAGCUUUAGCUUUAGUAGGAAUUUUCACUUCAGUGAAUUAGAAAUUUGGGAACUGAAUACAUGUUUGUCUUCAUAUAGCUUAUCUACUGUUGAAUUUUCCACUAACUAGUUGAAGGAACUGUAUUAUUGUCAGCCUGUAGUCUAGUGGGCAUGAAAUAGUGGCUAUGACAUAAAUAAUACCAAUUUAGUGCAAAAUUAAUGAUAACAUGCUAUCAAUUCUCAAGAUAAGUUUUUGGUUUCAGGCAAGCCUGGUUCAAAAUCCAUUUUAGUGGAUUUAUGUUACCAAAAUAUGAUUUCCAAUUUUAUUUGUCAAUACAUUAGAUUUCUAAUGGCACUCUUCAUAAUCCCCAAAACGCCUUUUGAUGCUUUUUACUUUUAAAAAUUUAUAGGCAUCAACUCUGUCUGCAUGAACUGAUGUGCAGGGGACCUGGAGUCAUACACUUGAAAGUCCAGUUUUCCUUUAAGGACUACAGUAAAGUUGACUGAAAUGGAAUCCAGUGUUAGGAAGUUAUUGCUCUUGUAACAAUUUUGUAAAAUUACACUUCUAGUCAAAGAAUAAUGCA